AUGGCGGACAAUCUCACAACAAAAGAGGACAGACCCUAUCACAGAGCGUUCUUAGAUAAUAAACUCCCUUGUCCGCAUGAGGAAUGCGAGGACAACGCACACUGCUAUGCUCAAGAUGGUUUAGACCAUCAUUACAGAACAAUACAUAAAUAUUCUGUUACUUCAGCUGACAUUAAAAAGGCAAAAAGUCUUAUGGUGGAGAAGCAUUCGAAUGAAACAUUGUUAUGUUUGAAAAAGUUAUCUGUUAACAACAAGUCGAAGGUAUUUGUAAAUCUAGAGUAUUAAAUGACUUUAAUCGGAGCCAGUUAGCCAUGCGUAGGUAAAGAUUUAUAUUCUUUAAUAUGUGCAUUCUUUAAUUUUUGUUCCAGAUCGGACAGGCAAAUGAAUGUGUCAAUUAUGUAUCCUCAGACUUUGAAGUUACCUUUGAGGAUAUUCUGUUGACACUACAUUGCAGAAAUGCUCAAGAUGCAGCAAAAUUGUUUGGCGUAUAUCUUUAUCACAGAGGUUUAUUGUGUUCUUAUGAGAAAAGAAGUAAUCCUAAAAUAGUUUCUGUGUCGCUGACAGAACUUUAUAUAUUUUACGGGAUAAUUAUUAACUAA